CGGCGGCUUCGGGUGGGUCGGGUGCUCGGCUCCGUGCCGCCUCGCCACUGCCGCCACUGCGGCCACCACAAUGACGGAGGCCAGGACGAGGACGGACUCGACUCCGUGCCCCGCGUACAGUGUGGAGGAUUCCAGGAUGCUCCCGCCUAGGCUGUUGUUGGUGGUGCUGGCGCUGCUCCCCGCCGUGGCCCCGGAGUACCAGUGCGUGUACCACCAGCGCCUGGAGCCGCGGCGCACCUACACCAUCGCCAGCCCCGGCUACCCCGCGCGCUACCAGGCCGGCGAGAGCUGCCUGUGGGUCGCCUCGGUGGUGGACGAGCAGUCCCGCGUCGUGCUGGACUGCGACACCUUCGACCUGCCGCCGCCGAAGAACGGCGAGUGCGGCGACGCGCUGUGGGUGUCGCUGACGGGCAAGCCGGUGACGCGCGACGGCGAGCCCCACUGCGGCUCGGGCCGCUUCACCAUGGUGUCCACGGGGCCGCGCCUCAACGUGAAGCUCGUGUCGCUGGGGGCGGAUUCGAGGGGCGGCAUCUUCCGGUGUAGCGUCGCCGCCACCGACCCCAACACGGACACGCUGCCGCCCCCGCCGGCUACCGCCCCCCUGCCGCCCGCCAGGCCACCGCAGAGGCCGCCGCCGCCCCUCGGCAACUGCACCUGCGCCGUCCGGCAGCCCGAGGCCAGCAGGAUCGUCGGCGGCGUGGAGACCGCCCCCCACGAGUACCCGUUCGUCGGCUACCUGGAGGACGCCGAAGUGGGCCGCCUCCUCUGCGGCGCCGCCCUGUUGUCGCCCCGGUUCGCGCUCACGGCGGCCCACUGCGCGGAGCUGGCCGUGGACAAGCCCGCCGUCAGCCUGGUGGUCGGGGACCACGACCGGUCGCAACCGGACUGGCGCAGCCGACGCCAGGUGCUACGAGUCCGGGACUUCGUCGUGCACCCGGAGUACUCCGGCACGUGGGCCGGGGCGGACCUCGCCGUGGUGCGCCUGGCGGACGAGGCCGUGCUGGGCCCCGCCGUGCAGCCCGCCUGCCUGCCCUUCCUGCUCAAGAAGGCCAACCUGGCCGGGCAGCAGGUGGUGGUGCUGGGCUGGGGCGGCCAGCGCCUGGACGGGCCCAGCUCCAUCCGCCUCAUGGCGGCCGGCCUGCAGGUCGUCAAGAACUCGGCGUGCGCGCAGGCGUACGGCAGGGACGUCGCCGACAACCACCUCUGCGCCUUCCGCCGCACCGCGUCGCCGUGCUCGGGCGACAACGGCGGCCCGCUGGUGUGGGUGUCGCCGGAGACCGGCGCCCUGCAGCUCGUCGGCGUCGUCAGCUACGGCGAGGGCUGUCCGGGCGACAAGCCCGUCAUCAGCACCAGGGUGACGCACUAUCUGCGCUGGAUCCAGCAGGUCACACGAGAGUCGUACUGCUACGUGCCGUGAGUGGAGCGGUGUACUCGGUGUACUAGACGAGUCCCUUGACAACAUGCCAGCCCGGUGGUGCGGCGCGUUGGCGCGUUGGCGCGGCGGGGCGUUGCGUCCAGGAAACGCUGCGUCCCAGAACCUCCGCGAACCUCCCCGUCCAGCCAGUGACCUCUCGCCUGAUCUCCUGUCCGCCUCAGUAUUCUUAGCCGUCAACAAGUCGUUGUGAAAUACAGAUGAUUAAAUAAAUUAUUUUCCCAGAAA